GGGGCGUUGCCCGAGGACCCUCGAUGCCUCUAGAGCGAGAGCUGCGCCCACAGCCGCCUCUCCGCAGCCUGCCUCCUGCCCCCCCCAGACACCGCCAGCAGGGUGAGGGCCGGGUGCGGGCCUGUCCUCCGCGCACCCUGCGCCCCAGGGCCCCAGCAGAGCUCCUGGAGCCGCCCCCCUCACCUGGGGUGCCCGGGCGGGGGGCAGCACGGAAGCGUGCACGCCCGCCUCCUCCCGGGGCCGUCCCGCCGCGCGCUCUAGGCCAGGAUGGAGACGACCUUCGGGCCCACCUUCUCUGCCGUCACCACCAUCGCGAAAGCUGACGGGACCAGCACGUACAAGCAGCACCGCAGGACGCCCUCCUCCUCCAGCACCCUGGCCUUCCCCCCGAGGGACGAAGAGGACAGCAUGCCCCCUAUCAGCACCCCACGCCGCUCAGACUCCGCCAUCUCCGUCCGCUCGUUGCACUCUGAGUCCAGCAUGUCCCUGCGCUCCACGUUCUCGCUGCCCGAGGAGGAAGAGGAACCGGAGCCGCUGGUGUUCGCCGAGCAGCCCUCAGUCAAGCUGUGCUGCCAGCUGUGCUGCAGCGUGUUCAAGGACCCCGUGAUCACCACCUGUGGGCACACGUUCUGUCGAAGAUGCGCCCUGAAGUCAGAGAAGUGCCCCGUGGACAACGCCAAGCUGACCGUGGUGGUGAACAACAUCGCGGUGGCCGAGCAGAUCGGGGAGCUCUUCAUCCACUGCAGGCACGGCUGCCGCGCGGCGGGCGGCGGGAAGCCCCCUGCCUUCGAGGUGGACCCCCGAGGCUGCCCCUUCACCAUCAAGCUCAGCGCCCGGAAGGACCACGAGGCCAGCUGCGACUACCGGCCUGUGCGCUGCCCCAACAACCCCAGCUGCCCGCCCCUGCUCAGGAUGAACCUGGAGGCCCACCUCAAGGAGUGCGAGCACAUCAAGUGUCCCCACUCCAAGUAUGGGUGCGCCUUCAUCGGGAACCAGGACACGUACGAGACGCACCUGGAGACAUGCCGCUUUGAGGGCCUGAAGGAGUUCCUGCAGCAGACGGACGACCGCUUCCACGAGAUGCACGUGGCGCUGGCCCAGAAGGACCAGGAGAUCGCCUUCCUGCGCUCCAUGCUGGGCAAGCUCUCCGAGAAGAUCGACCAGCUGGAGAAGAGCCUGGAGCUCAAGUUCGAUGUCCUGGACGAGAACCAGAGCAAGCUCAGCGAGGACCUCAUGGAGUUCCGGAGGGACGCGUCCAUGUUGAACGACGAGCUUUCCCAUAUCAAUGCGCGACUGAACACGGGCAUGCUGGGAUCCUACGACCCCCAGCAGAUCUUCAAGUGCAAAGGGACCUUCGUGGGCCACCAGGGCCCUGUCUGGUGUCUCUGCGUCUACUCCACAGGGGACCUGCUCUUCAGCGGCUCCUCUGACAAGACCAUCAAGGUAUGGGACACGUGCACCACCUACAAGUGCCAGAAGACACUGGAGGGCCACGACGGCAUCGUGCUGGCGCUCUGCAUCCAGGGGUGCAAGCUCUACAGCGGCUCCGCCGACUGCACCAUCAUUGUGUGGGACAUCCAGAACCUGCAGAAGGUGAACACCAUCCGGGCUCACGACAACCCGGUGUGCACGCUCGUCUCUUCACACAACAUGCUCUUCAGUGGCUCCUUGAAAGCCAUCAAGGUCUGGGACAUCGUGGGCACCGAGCUGAAGCUGAAGAAGGAGCUCACUGGCCUCAACCACUGGGUACGCGCCCUGGUGGCCGCCCAGAGCUACCUGUACAGCGGCUCCUACCAGACAAUCAAGAUCUGGGACAUCCGGACCCUGGACUGCGUGCACGUGCUGCAGACGUCCGGCGGCAGCGUCUACUCCAUCGCCGUGACGAGCCACCACAUCGUCUGUGGGACCUAUGAGAACCUCAUUCAUGUGUGGGACAUCGAGUCCAAGGAGCAGGUGCGGACCCUGACAGGCCAUGUGGGCACCGUGUACGCCCUGGCGGUCAUCUCCACGCCGGACCAGACCAAAGUCUUCAGCGCGUCCUAUGACCGGUCCCUCAGGGUCUGGAGCAUGGACAACAUGAUCUGCACGCAGACCCUCCUGCGGCACCAGGGCAGCGUGACGGCGCUGGCCGUGUCCCGAGGCCGCCUCUUCUCGGGGGCCGUGGACAGCACUGUGAAGGUCUGGACUUGCUGACGGGACCCAGGCUACUCUCGGCUUCCUUUGCACCUGUGUGGGCCCUGCCGGCCACGCUGGCCACCCAGUUGGCCUUGGGCCUUGCCCGCCCCCUGGGCACCGGUGGGCAGACUCAGCUGGCCAGGCGGUGCCCUCUUGCCUGCACCCGGCCAGCCGCCCUCCCUUGGCCCUGUCAUUGCUGCUGCCAGGACAGUGCCCCCCAGGUGCCAGGUACGACACUCACCCGGCCCGCAUUCAUCUCCCCGGAGGGGCUGGGGCCUUUUUACUAACCUUUUCUACUGUUUUUAAACUGGAAUUAGAUCUGAUCACUUCCGGUGAAAAUAAAAGUUGCACAAACCGGCUGUGAGUGGGGCCAGUUCUGGGGGAGGGAGAGGCAGCCCUCGACGGGUGCGCAGCGGAGAGGCCAGGACAGGGGCUCCUGUGGUGACUCCCCCCUGCCCGGCUGGCACCCAGCCCCUGCCCCCCCCCCAAAAAAAAGUGAGCCAGGCAGCUCCGUUUUCUGCUGUUUAUUGACAGCCGACAGUAGCUCCCUGCCCGGACCCCCUCCCCAUCUGCCGAGCCCAGCCCGGGCCACCCACUGCCAAGCCAGCCGGGUUCUGCGGAGCUGCGGGGGAGGCAGCUGGGAGGGUCUGCACACCCGAGCCACCUCGGCCGGCCCCACUCCCCGCCGAAUCACUAUCGCUGGUUUUUUGUUUUAAAUUUUUUAAGAAACGUCAAAGUUGUGCCCAACACAUGUAGAUCAGCAAACACAACAGGCCAGUUAGCACUUGGGGGUGAGGACCUCACUGCCGGCCUCGGCCACAAGAGCCUGGGGGCGAGGAUGGGCCUGGGGGGUGGGGACUGGGCCCCCACAAUGUGCCUGCCGGCACCCACCUUGCCGCCUUGUGGCUCACCCAAAGCCUGGGCGCACCGCAUACCGGCACCCGGGGAGAGGAGCCCCUACCGGCUCCCGGCACAGAGGACACGGCCCGGCAGCAAGCAAGGCACAUCCUUCAAGCGAGGCCAGAGGGGCCGGCCGAGCACCACCUCCCCGGGCCCCAGCCUCCUGCUUGUGCUACCGGGCGGGGCUGGCCACUCCUGGGCACGGGAGGUUGGAUGGACAGACAGAUGGCCUGGGCCUUACACAGCUUUUGUCUCGGGCUAGACUCCAGUGUCCUUGCAGUUGGUAAAUGGUUUGUUAUAGACUCAAUAAUAUUUC